GGCGCCCAUGGAGCGGGCGCUGAUGCCCCGCGUGUGCCGCGCCCUGGAGCUGCUCCGGUGGCCGUGCGGGCUCCGGCACCGCUCCACCCGCGAGCAGCCGCCCCCAGCCGCGGGCCGGGCCGAGGAAGGUCCCCCCGCAUCCCUCCCGCGGAGCCCCGGAGCGCAUCCCGGCUCUGGCGGCUCCUGGGGGACCCCGCGGGGACACCCCCGGGCGGGACACAGAGGGGCCGGGCGGGGUUCGGCGACCGGGCGGGAGCUGUGGCUGUCCCAGCUGGAUGAGUUCCCCAGGGCCAGGAAAGGGAUGGAGCGAAAGCCUCUGCGGCUGGAGAGGACUAAGGGCUCGGAGAUCCUGUUCGGGGUCGGGCCGUGCUCCCUGGCGCUCAGCCAGGCGCGCAGGGACCUGUUCAGGCUGUUCCUCAAGCAGAGCAGCUCCCGGCGGCCCGUGAUGAGCGAGUUCGUGCUCCAGGCCACGGCCCGCGGGGUGCCGGUGCUGCACGUCCAGCGGAGAGAGCUGGACGAGCUCUGCAGGGGUCAGGUCCACCAGGGAGUGUGUCUGGAGGCCACCCCGCUGCGGUUCAAGAGUUUGGAGGACGCCGGAACGCCCUGUUUGGGGGGUGAAGCCAGUGGGGACCGGCAGGUGAUCUGGCUGGUGCUGGAGCAGAUCCAGGACCCCAUGAACCUGGGGGCACUGCUGCGCUCCGCGUACUUCUUAGGGGUGGACAGAGUGGUGACCAGCCACAGAAACAGCUGCCCCCUGACUCCGAUAGUGAGCAAAGCCAGUGCUGGAGCCGUGGAGGUCUUUGAUGUCUACAGCACAGAUGAUCUCCAGAGCUUUUUGAAGGCUAAAACUGCAGAAGGCUGGGAAGUGGUGGGAACAGUCAGCAAACCUGAGGAUGUGGAAGACGUUCCUGUCAUCAGCUGCUUGGAAUUUCAGUGGGAUAAACCCCUUAUUGUAGUCAUAGGUAGUGAAGGGGAGGGCCUUUCCCUGGAGACACAGCUCCUGUGCCACAGGAUGCUGGCCAUCCCCCCUGGCAGAGCCCUGCACCCCGGCAUCGACUCACUCAACGUCUCCGUUGCUACAGGUAUCCUCCUGCACUCCAUCUGCAGCCAGAAACGGAGGCAUGGAGAUUGAAAUCCUCUUUAUGUGGUGGGGGAAGCUGCUCAGCAUUCCCUGGCUCUGCUCCGUGUGGAGAUGGAAAAGCUAUUCCCAGGGUGUCCACCAUCUCUGCAGGUCACAGGCACAGCCCCACUGACCUGAGCUCCGUCUUUGCUGUGGAGGAUGCCACCAGAUCGCUGGAUUAGUGCCCAGGGCAGACACCUCCUGUCCUGGGUAGCACCUGGGAGGAGCAGCUCCAGGGAAGGGAGACCAAGCCAGGCCUGAAAGCAGCCAGCUGUAUCCUUCAGUUUUUGGCAGGAGAACACCCAGGGGUGGCUGUGAGCUUCCUGCUCGUUGCACAGGGGACGCUGGGCAUCACCUGAGAGCUGUGGAGAGAAUUUGGGCUGCAGGGGAAAGUGCUCGGCUGGUGCUGCCACUGAGCCCAGCCGUGUGCCCACCCUGAGCCCACCACCCGCUCAGCAGUGAGAGGGAGCUGCUGACAGCCCAGCUGGGCUUUGGAACCCUCAGCAGGGACUUCCUCGUGAGGAGGUGCUUUCUCUGUGCUUGGCUGUGGAGCAGGUGUGCGGCCCCGCUGAGGGAUGGAUAUGAACUGUUGGAAAACUGCGGGAAAAACACACACAGCCCGUGGAAAUAAAGCUCCUGUGAAGUUUGGUAUAGACUCGAAUUGAUGCAUUUUGUGUCAUAUAUAAAUCCAGUGUGAUUAGCAGAGCACUUCCUUCAGGUGGGAAUAGGGAUCUUUUUCCAGGAAGGUUUCCUUUCUGUGGUGGGCCUGAUUCUUCUGGAUGCUGAGCUGCGCCAGCAUCCUGCUGAUGGCACUGGGGUGGCUUCAUUUGCAGAUAUCCUGGAUGAAAACCAGACUGGCUAAAUUACUGAGAACCAAAAGAAUGUUAUCACUUAGCACCUUAAUUAUUUUAUUUAGCUACUGUGGCCCUUUGCAUAGGAUUCCUCAUUAACACUUAAUUUACUGUGCCCUUUAGGGAUAAUUUCAAACAAUUCUGCUUAGUCUGCCCCCUCCCCCACUUCCAAAUGACCGAGUAAAUCACUCUGAGUGACUAAUUAGGACUUUGAGCUAAGUGAUGUCUGUAAACUGGUCUGUGGACGUGGAGGUUUUUCCCUGGGAGGGUCUGGCUAGUGGGAGCUGCGGGACGGGGGGACACCCCAAGUGCCCGGGAUGGGGCACAGGACAGGACAAGGAGCUCUUGAAAGGUGUCCAGGACUCACUGCUGUGGCUGUGAUGGAGAGAAUGCCUGGUGUGGUGACAGGUAUGCUGAGCUGUGCCCACGCAGGACAAACCCCAAGUCGCUCCAUAACAGU